GCGAUUCGCAAUUGAAAUGCGAUUCCUGAAUCAUAAUUUUUAAGCUUUUAGAAAAUUUUAUAUUAAAGCUUACAUUUAAAAAUAAAAGAAAGUAAAAGCAAUUGUGCAAUUUCCGUGAUGGAUAAUCAAGGACGUAAUGUUAUUGUUUGUGACAAUGGUACCGGGUUUGUAAAAUGUGGAUAUGCCGGAAGUAAUUUCCCCGCACACAUCUUCCCAUCAAUGGUUGGUCGUCCCACAAUUCGAGCUGUUAAUAAAAUCGGAGACAUAGAAGUAAAAGAUGCUGGAACGUCAACGUUGCCUGACCUGAUGGUUGGUGAUGAAGCUUCACAACUGAGAUCAAUGUUGGAAGUCUCAUAUCCCAUGGAAAAUGGAAUGGUUCGUAACUGGGAAGAUAUGCGUCAUGUGUGGGACUACACAUUUGGACCGAAAAAGAUGAACAUUGAUCCAAAAAAUACAAAAAUUCUUCUCACAGAACCGCCAUUAAAUCCGCUAAAGAAUCGUGAGAAAAUGAUUGAAGUGAUGUUCGAGGAGUAUGGAUUUGACUCGACAUACAUCGCGAUCCAAGCUGUGCUCACUCUUUAUGCUCAAGGAUUAAUUUCCGGUGUCGUCAUUGAUUCUGGUGAUGGUGUAACGCACAUUUGCCCAGUUUAUGAGUCAUACGCUUUACCGCAUUUAACUAAACGUUUAGACAUUGCUGGAAGAGAUAUUACAAAAUAUCUUAUCAAGUUACUACUGCUACGCGGUUAUGCAUUUAAUCAUUCAGCUGACUUUGAAACUGUUCGUAUGAUGAAAGAGAAACUUUGUUACAUCGGCUACGAUAUUGAAAUGGAGCAACGACUUGCACUUGAAACGACAGUUUUAGUUGAAUCAUACACAUUGCCAGAUGGACGAGUUAUCAAAGUUGGUGGAGAGCGAUUUGAAGCUCCUGAAGCACUCUUUCAACCGCAUUUAAUUAAUGUUGAGGGUCAAGGCAUUGCCGAGCUCGUUUUCAACACAAUUCAAGCUGCCGACAUGGAUAUGCGUCCAGAACUUUACAAACGCAUAGUUUUGUCUGGUGGAUCAACCAUGUAUCCUGGUCUUCCAUCUCGUCUUGAACGUGAGAUCAAACAACUUUAUCUCGAGCGAGUGCUUAAGAACGACAUUGAUAAACUAUCAAAGUUUAAAAUUCGUAUUGAUGAUCCACCGAGAAGAAAGGACAUGGUGUUCAUUGGAGGUGCUGUGCUUGCCGGACUUAACAAGAACAAAGAUGAAUUCUGGAUGUCAAAGGCAGAAUAUCAAGAAAUGGGAUUAAAAAAAUUUGUGAGUCAUCGUCAAAUAAAAGAAGCAAACAUGAACUUCCUCGGAUUAUUAAAAAAACGAGAUGAACUGUCAACAUCAAAUAAAGAUCCAUUUAAUCUCGAUGUAUUUCCAGAUGAAAUUCGUCAACUAAUAUUGAGUUAUCUCUCUGUUGAUGAUUUAAUAAACGCUUGUCUUGUGAGUCGACUUUGGAAUGAAACAAUCGGAUCAAGUUUAGCUUUUCGGAAGAAUGUCGCAAUAAAACUUCAUUCUUGGAAUUCUGGUGAACCUCCCAUUUCGAACAGCUCAAGAAAUUAUGAGAUUCUCACCAUCUGCAAUUAUAAAUUUGAACAAAGAACUCUUGCAGCAUUGCGUGGGAAGAAUUGGAAGAAUGUGACUUUAAGUAUCGGAAAAAUUCCUUCACAAAAGAGUUUCAUCAAAAUUAUGGAAAUUUUUAAAAAUGUGAAAAAUCUAAAAGUAUUAAGCACAAACAUUCGAGAACUCAACACCACAAGUAAGCUCGUGUUACCUGAAUUGACAACAUUGGCACUUUCUGAUGUCACUCUCGAUUUGUUUGAUAUUUUCAUUACUCAUCAACCUUCAUUAAAGUCAUUGUCAUUGCGAUUUAUUUCAUGUGAUAUUCUAAGUCCUCAGAGAGUUGGAGAAGCUUUGGUUCAUUUUCUGACACUCAACGAAAACAUAAAACAUCUCGAAAUAAAUCAUACAGUAACUAAUGAUUUAUUUCUCGUGAAUAUCGCAAAAGCAUUGAAAUUGAAAUUGAAAAGUCUCGUCAUUGGAUUCAACAGUUCCAAUGCUGAUAAUUCAAAUUCAACAUAUUUGAGCAUUCGAAGUAAUAUUGAGGAAUUUUUAAAGUCUCAAGGCGAAUCAAUUGAAUAUUUGAAAUUAGUUUUGCAUCAAAAGUUUAUCAGAGAAGAUCCCGAUGAGGCCUUUGUGCGCCGUUGGAGAGCAGUGGGGCUAAUGAUUCCUCUUGAUCCUGAAAUCUCUUCAAAUGAUGUCUCAAUUAUUUUCAAUCAAUGGAACUCACUGACAUCCUUAAAGCAUUUGAACAUACGAUUUCUUCAAAACUCAGAAGACUUCGAAGAGAAUCGCGAUCUUAAGAAGACUUUAAAGCGUAACACAAAUGUCAUUUCACUUUCUUUACAAUUUAUGAACGUUCAAGGACCACCUUCAUUAGCCAUUGCACUUAUGAAGCUUUUGCCUAAUCUUCAAUCAUUAUACAUUACUAAGUUGACACCAAAUAUCGUUCGGCAUGCAGCAAUCAAUCUGAAAGCUUUACGAAUGCUGAACUGCUUCUCGUUUGAAGGCGAAUGCCAACAAGAAUAUAAUGAUUUGAAAGCUUCUCAAACAGCUGUCAAUAAUUUCAUUGUCAUCUCCGAUCGCUGUGCUUAUGGAUAAAAAUUAUAAGAAAUUGGCAGCAAUUAUCAAAACUUUCACAUUUCUAAUAAAAAAAUGGUUAAACAAUUUAUUACUUUUUAAGACUCUUCAUUUGUUUAUUUUAUUUUUUUCCAUGUCUUCAGAACUGAUUACAAAUGCUAAUAAACUUAUUAAAUAACUAAAGACAAA